AUGGACAUACCACAAGAACUGGCUUGUCCUACGGAAGAUCGACGUUUAUACGUUGUCCGGGGGCAAACAUUUGAAGUUGGCCGUUCUCAUAAACUCGUGAAAUUUAUUGGAUCCGGGUCGUACGGGUCUGUGUGCUCGGCUGUUGAUGAAGAUAGCGGCGAACGUGUCGCUAUCAAAAGAAUACAACGCGUAUUCUCAGACUUAAAGGAAGGCAAGCGUAUAUUGAGGGAAAUGGAUAUUCUUACAUCGCUACAUCACACCAACCUCGUACGCCUAAGGCAGUUUAUUCGCCCAGUACGGAAAGACGAUUUUUCUGAUAUAUACAUAGUGAUGGACCUUUACGACACGGAUCUUCACCGGAUCAUCCGAAGUCGACAAAGUCUUACAAACGAACAUUAUCAGUACCUAAUGAUUCAGGCGUUUCGUGGGCUUUUCUACUUGCACACCGCAAAAGUUAUACACCGUGACUUAAAACCAAGUAAUUUAUUAGUUAACGCUGAUUGUACUCUGGCUAUCUGUGACUUCGGGCUUGCUCGUGAUGAUCAAUGUACGCAGACCUCUGCGCUCACCGAAUAUGUUGUAACUAGGUGGUAUCGACCACCUGAAGUGUUAGGCAUGGGAUCCCAUCGAUAUACAAACGCAGUGGAUGUCUGGAGCCUAGGGCUCAUCUUUGCUGAAUUGAUGGUUGGUAAGACGCUUUUGCCGGGCUCUGAUUACAUUCACCAAUUGAUAAUGAUUGUCCAUCUCCUAGGGACCCCCGCUUCGGAGGAUAUGGAAUUUCUUAGCGAGGAAGCAAAGAACUUUCUUCUUGCACAGCCUUUUCAGGAGGCUCGACCGUUUACAGAACUCUUUCCCGCUGCUACUCCUGAGGCGGCUGAUCUACUUUCAAAGCUGCUAGUAUUCCAUCCUGACAAGCGGCUUACGGCAAAGGAGGUGAUUGAACAUGCGUAUUUUGCUAAGUUUAGGAACCCUGCGGCGGAGACAGGUGCUAAAGAGCCGUAUGUUUGGCGACACAAUGAGGGACUCACACUUGAGGGCCUUCGUGAGGAAAUGUGGCGUAUUAUUUUGGCACAUUCUCCCGGUCCAAAGGGUGACUAG